UUCGCUCAAUAGGAUACGUGGAUUCCUGUAGUGAGGUCAAAUCUUGAUAGAAUUUUAGAGUUUAGUCCCGCUGCGUGUGUCGUAUUGUAAACACCAUACUGCUGUGGCUCUCACAGCGCGUUUUGGCAUUAAGACAAGCCAUCAGCCAAUCGAGCCCAGUACCGAGCUCGGGUCGUUUGAGGAGUGAGUGUCAAUGUGCAAUUGCAAUAGCGAGAUAUCACUAGGUGAGAUCGCACAGCGUGAAGAGAAGAAGAGCCAAGAGUUUUCGUGCAUUCGUGAACUGAAACGAUAUACAGAGUGUCGCGUGCGUAUCGCGUGGUGAAAAUUACCAAUAAACCGCUUGGUUUGGAGAUUUUAUUGUGACAGUGAAAAGCAGUGACAGCCAACAGUUUUAAAGGAGACAAAUGAUUUGAAAACGAAUUUGGUAGUACUUACCGUAAGUGAAUAGUUUAGUGAACGAAGAACGGUGUCGGUUUAGUGAGAGCAAAGAAUUUGGUAUAUUCUAACGUUCCAGAAUGAUGAUGAAUGCUUUCAUGGACACAAGUUCGACCGCACAUCACUCUCAUUUGGCAACGUUCGGAAUUAAGAUGUCUCCAGAUCAUCUGGAGCAGAGUGACGUCGACACAGCAAGCACCGGUAGCAUGUUGCCACCAUCGGUGGGAAGUUCCAACACGCCAAGUGACAUGCUGUCAUCGCAGUCCUUCUAUCAAUCAUCGGCGAAUGCAAGUAGUACCUACAAUGCUCACCAUUUAUCACCGCCCUCACACAUGAGUCACAUGGCACCGUAUCACUCGAGGGACUUCCUCGCGUUGAAGCGUGAUAAUGAUUACUUCAGUUCCUCCGCUGCCAGCGCAACUGGCGAUCCUACUUCAUUGUUCCAUCAUGCUCAUCCUGCCGUUCACGACAACCUUAAUCAUCACUCGGCCUCGUCAUUGAGUAAUCAUCACUUUCAUCCGCAUCAAAUGCGAAUGGGCCUGACAGCGGAUUAUGCCCAUCCUUAUCAUCAGAGCAACUAUCCCUCGGUACAUCAUCAGCACCUAGCUAACCUUCCGGUGAACCCGGGAACCUCGGGGGCAUUCUUCCGCUACAUGCGUCAUCCCCCGUCGAUCAAGCAGGAAAUGCAAUGUCUCUGGGUAGAACCGGAACUUCCUCCGCACCACCUGGGGCUAGGAUUGACCGCACUGAGUGCGGUGGCCGCUGCCGCCGUCGCAGACGGUAGUCGCAAAACGUGCAACAAGAUAUUCCACUCGAUGCAGGAAAUCGUAACCCACCUGACGGUAGACCACGUGGGUGGACCCGAAUGCACCACCCAUGCCUGUUUCUGGCUCGGCUGUACCCGCAACGGGCGCCCCUUCAAGGCCAAGUACAAACUGGUCAACCACAUCCGGGUACACACCGGCGAGAAACCGUUCCCGUGCCCGUUUCCGGCCUGCGGGAAGGUAUUUGCCCGAUCGGAGAAUCUGAAGAUCCACAAACGGACACACACCGGUGAAAAGCCUUUCAAGUGUGAGCAUGAAGGAUGUGAUAGACGAUUUGCUAACUCGUCAGAUCGAAAGAAACAUUCACACGUCCAUACAUCUGAUAAGCCGUAUAACUGUCGUGUUAAUGGUUGUGAUAAAUCUUACACUCAUCCAUCAUCGCUGAGGAAACACAUGAAGGUCCACGGAAGUUUAGGAGAGAAAUCCCCAUCGCACAACUACGACAGCGACGGCGAAGAGUCCAGCUCGGAUAGCAUUAUAACGGGUGGAACGCAAACCCCGCCGUCGAUCAGUCGGCUGCAUGACAGCCACAACUCGAGCAAACUGAGCAGCGAAUCGAUCAAUAAUAACAACAACAAUAGUAACAAUAACAAUAACACGAAAUCUCCAUCCUCAAAUCACCUGCUGUCACCGGUUGGCGCCUCCACGACAGCCACAUCGACGAAUAGCGCCCUCUCGCACCUGAGCCAAAAUCAACACCACCAGUUGCAUCAUUCGCACCACCAGCACUCACACCAUCAUCACCUGCAGAACCAUCCGAGUAGUUUAGCGCCACCACAGCUUCAGCUGACUCCGGCGUCGUCGGUGUCCCCACAGGCAACGGCGACCGCUUCGUCUAUGCUGGUUGGUCAUCAUAACCAUCCACUGCUCUAUCAUCACCCACAGCAUCAUCCGAACGAUUGGUACUCGCCCACGCCACCCUCGGGACCAGAUACGAUGAACCAUCUGAACCACUUCAGCCAUCACCAUCACCAUCUGGUGCAUCACGGGCCAACGACGGCUUAUUGAGAGCAACUGUUGCUCGAUGAGCUCUGUUUCAACUACUGAAAUAGUGACGGCGCUGCCGUCAGCGCCUCUGAUGCUUUAACCACGUCCCGCUUAGGUAUUUGUUUCAUCCAGCACAUCACGAUCGCAAAUGAUCCGCCAACAAGCGCAAUCCAAUGCUUAUCAUCUCGAACUUCCUGCGAACUAAUGGAAAAUAUACGUAACUCUAAAGCAAGCCAAAAAACCAAACUAUAUAGCUUUUAAAUACAAGAAAGUAAUAGGAGAUUUGUUGAAAAUGAAGAGAGAGAGAUCGAAAUAUGUACCAUUUUGUGCCUGCUUGAGCUCACAUCACCUAAAUACAACACAGAAGAACGCUGAUCUGUCAAACCCUGUUAACAACAGCCUUUGGCUGAGAGUUUUAAUCAAAGGAGGCGAAGCACAAACCAACCAACCAUCCACAGCCAACUCUGAUUUGUUUCGUAAACAAUUCAGCGAUCAAACAACCGUGUAAAUAGUUUAUCUCAGAAAAGAAGAAAAAUCUGUGUGAUAUGGACUUUCCAGCUAAGAGUAGAAAGUAGCUUUUCUUUUGUAAAUAGCCAAUUAGCAAAUCAAAGAUUGACUUUUUAAACUGUUUGUUUCCUAUAUAAAUUGUAAAAAUAAUGAUAAAUGAUAGCUAACGUAGCGAGACAAGUUGACAGGUUUCCAAAUGUCUGCUAUUCCUUCUCAGUGGAGGGAAUAAAGCAGUAGCAGUAGCAGCAGCAGCAGGCGUCACCUGCCACAAUCUAUAAUAGUUUGUAAGAGAAAAGCUUAAGCGACCGUAAUGAAAAAGAAAUGUAUUUAUUUUUGUUCCGUUUUCAAAAUACUUAACGCUGCUGUCCUGACGGGGAUACUUUUCACGCAGGAAGUUGGCUUCUAAUGUUUAAAGUAUCUAAUGUGUAUCGUUUUGUUUCGGUCACUUCUCGACAUUUUUGCCAGGUCACAACUUUCAAUGCCGUUUCAUAGAAUAAGGGCAAAAAUUUAAUAUAUUUGAGAAAAAUAAACAGUUUAGUAAAUAACUAGCCUAAAGCGAAGAAACCCUCCCUAUUUCGAGUAAAUAAAACAAAGCAAGAAAUGGUAAAUUAUAUACUUAAAAUUUUAAAAAAGGUAGCUAUUAUAUAUUUAAAGGUAUAUUCAAUAUAUGCAAACAAACAAAACCAGAAAAAGGCCCAAAACGGAGAAGGAUUCCCAUCUCGAGAGUUGUUUAGAGCUAAUAAACAAUAAAAAUAAAAAAUGUGUAAAUGAA